AUGACCCUUCGUCUGAUCAUCAUAGGUACUCGCCUCCAACAUUCCCAUCCAGACACGUUCAGCUUUUACAUAAAACCCAUCAUCCACACGAUUUCGAGCCACGUUCUUCCUGCUCGAUUCAUUUUCUGCUUUUCCCCAGAUACCCCUCCAACUUGA